AAAAAAAAAGGGGAGGCAGCCCAAAAAAUGAGGGGCGUCGCCGCCACCAUCCUCCUGCUGCGAGGCUGCGUGGUACGAUGCUUCGAGGAGUACCUCGAGAUGGGCACGCCGUGGAUGGCGCGGGCCGGCGCGCCCGACGCGGCGUGCGCGGCAGCGGCGCCGCGGCCCCUGCCCAAGAGCCUGCGCAAGCGCCUGGCGUUCUUCGCGUUCGUCACGAUGGACGAACCGGCCAUGCUGGCGCACUGGGUCGCGUGGUACGAGGCGCUGGGGGUCGACCUCCGCAGCCCCGCGCGGACGCGCGUCUGGGUGCACGUGCCGCGCGGCGAGGCCGGGGCGCCGCGCGCGAAAGCCACCAUGGCCGUGCUCGCCCGCGUCGCGGGCGUGAACGCGACCGAGACGUACUCGUCUCCCGUCAAGCAGGCGCUCGCCAACGCGUUCAUGGACUCGCUGCCCCGCGACGCGCUCCUCGUCUACCCCGACAGCGACGAGUUCUUCGCGUACCCCUGCGACGUCGAGGCCGUCGUCGCGCGCGACGGGGCGGUCCACGGCCACAUGGUGGAGCGCAUCGCCGCGAACUGGGAGUUCAGGGACGUCGUCGCGCCGGGCGCCGGCGCGCCGGCGCUCCCGGCGCAGUUUCCGCUUCAGUGCCGCGUGACGGGACGCCACCUCCAGGCGAAUCACUUCAAGCAAAUGCUCACGCCGAUGGUGGACCGCGACGGCCUCCGCGUCCGCUACCGGUCGUCGCACAACCUCUACUGCGUCAACCUCCGGUCCAAGGACCGGCGCGCCAAGCACUGCGCGCCCGCGGGCAACCGGAGCUACCCCUUCGCGCACUAUCGGUUCACCCGCCGCGCCUACGACCUCGCGCGGCGGAAGCGCGACGUCUACGGCAAGAUCCUCGCGGGCGGCGAGACGGCCGAGACGCGCGUCGCGGCCCGCGUCUUCCUCUUUCGGCGGGGCGCGCCAGGACAGGCGCCCGCGCAGGUCGCCGCGCGCCAAGACGCGGAGUUCCUGCGGGCCGAGAAGAGUCUCUUGAACCAGACCUGGGCCUACGUCGCGCGCGGCGGCGCCCCCGGCCGUGCGGAACUCAACCGAUGAGUCGGGCGCACUUCAAGAAACUCGCGUCUCGGCGACGACGCGGCCGCGCUGGCUGCCCCGAGCGGUAAGCGACCCGCACCGCCGCGCCGUCGAGCAGAUAACUUACGCGAUGAUUCAGCACGACGGCGCCCCCACAUUUGAUUUCCGCCCAGGCCCCCGUCACGGCGAAGACGCUCGAGGCGUGGAACGCGCGGCGGGCGGGCGACGACAAGCGACUGCGCGUGGCGAACAACAAGAAUCCGACCGUCGCGGGGCUCGCGGCGCGCGGCGCGGCGCUCCGCGAUUCCUUCGCGGGCCUGGACGGCGACGGCGACGGCGUUCUCGCGAGAAGCGAGUUCUUCAAGGCGGCGGCGGCGCACGUCGACCUGCGCCUGCAGGCGCUCCGCGCGCAGCGCGCCGCCAAGGCGAGGUUCCAGUUCGACAUGUACGCGCGCCUGGGCAAGGAGGCGGAGAAGACGGCCCGCGGCGUCUUCGUCAAGGAGCCAAAGCGCCACUUGUACGCGUGCGACGACGGCCGCGGCGACGCGGCGCCCGAGCCCGGGUGCUGGGACGGGUGCGACGAGGGCGAGGACGUCGUCGCCCUGUACGUCGUCGUCUCGGCGGACGACCAUCUCGCGCUGUUGCCGCACUUUUUGGCGCACUGGAUCGGCGAGUUGGGCGUGCGCGCGGCGAACGUGCUCGUCGACGUGAAUUCGAACGCACCGACGACGGCGACGCGGCGCGGGGCGCUGGAUCCGAUCCACGCGGUCCUGCGCGCCGCCGGCGUCCCCGCGGCGAACGUCUUCAACUGGACCACGACGAACUUUACGAGCGCGGAGAAACGGCGGCGAUUCGACCGCGUGCUCAAGGUGCCGGCGUUCCUUGAAGCGCGCCUCGCGGCCACGCCGGGCCGCGGCGGCUGGAUCGCGCUGGCCGACGUCGACGAGUUUCCGAUCCUGCCGAGCCCCCUCGGCGGGGGCGCGCCGUCGAGGACCCUCGCCGCGCACCUGACGAAGCUGGCCGCGGGCGGCUUCACCGUCCUGGCCGGCUACACCGUCGACCGGAGUCGGAAGGGCGGGUCGCUCGAGGCCCCGCGGGCCGCGCCGUCCAUCUGGAAACAGUUUCCCGUGCGAUCGGCGAUCACGGCGCGGUGCGCGGAGUGCCGAGCCAACAAGGCCGUCGCGUACCGGCGCUUCGGCAGCCCCCAGACGGCGUGGAACUCGGACAAGGGCGGGCACCACGCCGAACACUUCACGUUGCCGUCCGCGCGCUGCGAGGCCGUCGAGCGGUGGGCCGAAGUCGCGCACUUCAAGUGGUGGGGCGACCUCGACAGCUACCUGGCGAAGCGGGUGACGGACGCGGGUCGCGUCGCCAAGGCCACGCAGGAGAUGCUCGACGUUCUCGGCGCGGCCGAGAGCCGGACCGCGCGCGCGGCGCGGCUCGACGUCAAGCCGUACGCGCUGGGCCAGGAGCGGCGACCCGUCGAGGUCAUGCGCGCCGAGUUCGCCGAGACCCCCGACAAGAUCCCGACGUGCCUCGGCGCGCCCACGACGCAGUCGCUCAAGGCGCAUCUCAAGGCGACGGCGCGCGCGUCGGGCGUCGUGCCGUUCCACCCACCGCGCGCGGCGCGGCCCAAGCCGGCCGACGGCGACACCGACGCGUGGUGGCUCGCGCUGACGCGAGCCGUCGCCCGCUACUGCCGGUGCCGCGGCUACGAGCGAAAGAUCUCGAACGUGCCCGCCGCGUGCGUCCGCGGCCUGUCGCCUCCGACGAAACCGCCGCGCCUGUCCGUGGCCGUGCUGUCGUACCUCCCGUCCGAGGUAUCGCGCCUUCGCGCGACCGCGUGCCACUACGCGAGCCUCGGCGCCGUCGUCGGGAAGGUGCUGGUCCAGUGGAACGGUCCGGCGCCCGCGCCGGUGAUCGACUGUGCGCACGUUCCCCCAGACAAGGGCGACCCAAAGUUCUCGGUCGACGUCGAGGUCGUCGCGUUCGAGCGCAACACGUUGCUCAACCGCUACGCGUCUCCGGAGAAGCUUUCCCAGUUUCCCGCGGUCCUGCUCCAGGACGACGACGUCCGCUACUCGCGCAAGGCGCUUCGCGCGUUCUCGGCCGUCCACGUGCUCUUCCCCGACGCCGUCCUCGGCCUCCAGGGGCGCAUCGCCCUCUACAGCGACGUGGCGCCCGGCUUCUACGCGAACCCGGACCGCAAGGGUGGGAACCUCGUGGAGUACCAGUACAACAUGCUCACGGGAAAAACGUCCGUCGUCUCCCCGGACACCGUCGCCGCGUUCGCGACCGCCGUCCCGGCGGCGUCGCGGCGGUUCAUCGACGACGGCCACCGCCCGACGUGCGAAGACAUGACGCUUCACUGGCUGCACGCGACGCGGCACCCGCGCACGCCCCCGAUCUGGCUCGAGCUCCCGACCAAGGACGCGCUCGACCUCGACACGGUCGCGGUCAACGGCUCGCAGUCGGGCGAGAUGCACCUCGACGUGAAGAACUGGACUGUGUGGAAUUCGAACGUCGGACGCCCACGCCAUCGACGCGACGUGGUUACUCGACUCACUGGUCGAUGUCACACAGGAACUGGACCGAGCUGCGCGGAGCCUGCGUCGACCGGCUCGCCGACGAAUUCGGGACCUACCCCUUGACGCGCUCCGUGUGCCGCCUGGAACUGCGGCCGGCGAGGACGGGUCGUCGAUCAGCGUCGCCCGGUGUCUAGUCCCCGGCUUGAUUGUGUGUGCUCGUGAGCCGGUUAUAUCAUAUAAGGAGGGUACCGCGUGACAGCUUUUUUAAACAGUUAAUAAUUGUUUCAUCAACCUUAACCAGGCGGUGUGGUGGAUGAAGCGAUUGUGCUAUGAUACCCUAGUUACGUAUACGGAUGGUUCCUC